ACAGUCUUGUUUUUACCGGUUACGUUAACGGUUCAGCGUGCGUCGGAGUCGCAAGCGCAGUUAUCACAAACAGCAGCAGCAGCAGCAGCAGCAGCAGCCGCAGCCGCAACCGAAGCCGCAGUCGCACUAUUAGCAGCGGCAUAUUUUCUUUAUCCAGCAACUAAUUCACACAAUUUGAAACGCACUUGUGGUGUUGCAAGCUGUAACUAACAGAUCGGUCAUUUGCCAUUGUUUGUUCUACCUUAUAACGGUACUAAAUUCGUUGUCCAGUGCAAGUUGCAUGUGUGCGUGGUGUAAACAAAGUUUUGAUAAGAAAUGAGUGAACGACAGUAUGCUCCGAUAAAGCAGACUAUAACAGUGGCAACUUAAACAGCCAUGAAUAUACAGUGAUAUGUGCACCUACCAGAAGUAGAUGAGCAACACCUGUGCAAAAGUAAACAGAAGGUGAAAACGUUUGCAGUGUAAAUAGAAAAUAGUAUAAAUACCAACAAAAUUUUGACCACUGCUUCGGUCGCAAACACAAUUGGAUAAAUGAUUAUUGCAAAAUUACGGCAAACUAAAUUCUUAUCACAACUUGCUCGCUUUACUCUGCAGUGCAAACGCUCCGCUUAGUUUGUUGUUGUUUGUCGGCAUUCGGCAGUCGGCAUCCACUGUGUAAAGUCUUCGUCUUAUUGAUGUGUGAGUGUGCCUCAGUGUGUUCGUGUGCAAACAAGUUUUGCGCAAAAGUGCGUCAAAGUAACAAGUGCUGCAGCAGCAACCUCAGCAACAGCAGUAACAACUCCAACCUCAACAACAACAUCAAGAGCUCUAAGCGACUGCAGCGGAACACCUCUAUAAAAAUUAUUUUGAGAAGUUUGCUCCAGUAAAUUCAAUAAAAAUUAAAAGUGUCUAAAAGUGCUAAAAUAUAGAAAAUCAAAUACAUAAAACUAAAAUAGAAUCGAAAUAUUAAGUGUAUUUUUUAGCUGCAUAUUAUAUUCGUGUGUGUUUGCUAUGAUGCAGUCUAGUGUAACUCAAGUAAAAGCCAAGGAAAUUGCUCACUAGCAAUACCUUUAAAUUGUUUACAAAGUAUUAAAUCAAAAUCAUAAAAAUCUAUAUGUGUAGCAUUGAGUGUGAAUCAAAAAAGUCUAUAACAAUUUGCUGUUGUUCAUAGCUAACAACAACCGCAAACUUAGGGAUCACUAUAGUUUUUUUUAGCCCUGAAAGAAAUAACAGGACGGCUUCAUCACGGAGUCUUUAGAGUUUUUUUCUAUUGAGGACGACGAUCUCGAGAUGGAUAUACUACCGAGCGGAAAUAUAUUCAACGAACUGGAGCGCAUAUGCACAACUGGCUAUUUUUCAUCACAGCCGUCGAUUGAGGAUCAAUGGCAACAGACUUGCUAUGAACUGGAGCGCUACUUGCGCGACGAGCCGAAGCAUCAGAGCUACAAAAAGAUACACACAGAUCUCGAUUCAGCCUGGGACAUAUUUUCAACACCGGCGCGCUUGUUGGAGGAGCUUAAAAUAAAAGAGAGUCUGGACACGAUAUCGACUACCUCAUCCGUGUCUUCCAACUGUUCAGGCAUAUCGUGGGAUAGCAAUGGGUCACAGGCCCUCAGCUGUGCGGUGCUGGUUAAGCAGGAGCGCAUUGACGAGGACGACGAGGAAGCGGCACAUGUAUUAUCUUGCAAUGAGAAACUGGACGUGCUGUUUGCUGCGCCACCCUCAGCCAUAUCGCCCAAUCCUAGUAUCUGCAGCGCCGGCAACAUGACGCCCACCAGUAAUAGCAACUGCACCGUCAGCAGCAGCGCCGUGAGCAUAAGCAGCAGCAAUUCUCACUGCAACACUAUUACCCUGAGCUCUAGUAACAGUAGUGCGCCGGCUAUUAAGGUUCGAGUGGUGCAGGCUAAAUCGCAGCGGCAUUAUCAUCUGGGUCAAGGUCCCGUGCACGACUUUCUGCUUCCCCCUCUAACGCCGCCCUCAUCUCCUGAGUCGAACCUACGCAGUCAUAAUUAUGCACAGCCGCCACAGCAGCGCCCGCAGCAAAUCGACGCCAAUGAGUUGGCCGCGAUCCUCAAGCAGCAGCAGCAGCAACGACAGCAGACUUCAGCCGCAGCAGCAGCAGCAGCAGCAAAUUCCACACCCGCGUCCGCCAUUCUGCACUUCAGCAGCCAAUCGCCCGGUGCCAAGAACUCCUCAUUGUCGCAAGCCACAACGUUGCAGCUGCAACAGCAGCAGCAACAGUUGGCAGUGCAACACUUAAGCAUAUCGCCGCAGGUACUAAACAAUACUAGUAGUAGCAGUUCAGCAAGCAGUAUCAGCAGUAAUAACAACAGCAGUAGCAACAGCAGCAGUAACGUUGAUCAGUCGUCGAACAACCACAACAACAUUCCGCGCAGUACAAUCGUGCGGCUGACCACAGCCAAUGGAACACCUGGAGCCGCCGGCAUCAGUCUAGCACGUGUCAUACAAAUGCAAAACAAUGGCAAUGCUAAUGUUGCUGCCGUGCUUAGCGCCGCAGCCAACAACACUAACAGCAACAAUAACAACAGCAGUACCAAUCUUGGCACUGCCGCAUCCAUGCAACAGCAAUCGGCUGCAGCUUCACAGCAACAGCAACAGCAGACGCCACAAAUUGUUGCCGUGGUCACAUCGCUGUCUGAAAAAUCAACAACUGCUUCUACCAAAAAUCACCACCCGCGCCAGCAUCACAUCGAUCACAGUCCGGACGCCAAACGUCGGAUACACAAGUGCCAAUUUCUGGGCUGCAAAAAGGUCUACACAAAAAGCUCACAUCUGAAGGCCCACCAAAGAACCCAUACAGGUGAGAAGCCGUACAAGUGCUCCUGGGAUGGCUGCGAAUGGCGUUUCGCUAGAAGCGAUGAGCUAACUCGACAUUAUCGGAAGCACACUGGAGCCAAACCUUUUAAAUGUCGCAAUUGUGAUCGUUGCUUUUCGCGCUCCGAUCACCUGGCCCUCCACAUGAAGCGCCAUAUGUAAAGAGAGAUCUAAGUAGAAAGUGAGCAUUACAGCAACUGUGUGCCAUCACAAGCAGAAAGCGAUGAAUGAUAGUGUUGAAGCGCUAAUUAAUGAAAAUCACACAUCACACAAGCACAAGCAAUAAUUAAAAAAAAAAAAAAAAAAAAAAAAA